AUGCUCAGAAACGCAUUAAGGUGUGCCCAGUCAUCGUCUAAAUACGGAUCUAAGACUGCAAUACGUACAUUUAUGAAUACUCAAGCACAGUUGAAUAGCGCUGCCGUCCCCCCUGUAUUAUUUACAGUGCAGGAUACUGCUAGGGUUAUAACGCUGAAUAGGCCCAAGAAGCUCAAUGCCCUGAACACAGAAAUGGCUGAAUCUGUGUUCAAAACUCUGAAUGAGUAUGCCAAGAGUGGUGCUACCAAUUUAGUUAUUUUGAAGUCCUCCAAUCAUCCUCGGUCGUUCUGUGCUGGUGGAGACGUGGCCGCUGUGGCAGCAUAUAAUUUGAAUAAGGAAUUCUCGAAAUCUAUCGAACUAUUCGCCCAUGAGUAUUCUUUGGACUUCCAAUUAGCCACUUACUCGAAACCAAUUGUCGCUUUCAUGGAUGGUAUCACGAUGGGUGGUGGUGUUGGUCUGUCUAUUCAUACGCCUUUCAGGAUCGCUACUGAGCAUACCAAAUGGGCCAUGCCGGAGAUGGAUAUUGGCUUUUUCCCGGACGUAGGUUCAACCUUUGCUCUCCCCAGAGUCAUCACAUUGGCUAACUCAAACUCACAAAUGGCUUUGUAUCUAUGUCUCACAGGGGAAGUUAUCACUGGUGUAGAUGCCUAUAUGCUUGGUUUAGCAUCUCAUUACGUUUGUAGUGAAAAUUUAGAAGCUUUACAAAGAAGAUUGGGUGAACUCAGUCCUACAUUGAAUAACAGUUCACAAUCUGCAGCAUUUUUUGGAAUGGUUAACGAGUCUAUUAAUGAAUUUCAAUCUCCACUGCCAAAAGAUUAUGCCUUCAGAUACUCUAAAGAAGAAUUGAACGUUAUCGAGACUUCUUUCAACGUGCCCAAAAAUGGUACCAUUGAAGACAUCAUGAAAAAACUGAGCCAAUACGAAGGUUCGACAGAGGGCAGGCUUUUCGCACAAGAAAUCAAAACAAAAUUAUCAACCAAAUCGCCAUCUUCUUUACAAAUUGCUCUAAGGCUGAUCCAAGAGAAUUCUAAAGAUCACAUUGAAUCAGCAAUCAAAAGAGAUCUGUAUACGGCUGCUAACAUGUGCAUGAAUCAAGAUUCUUUAGUGGAAUUUUCAGAAGCCACAAAGCAUAAAUUGAUCGAUAAACAGAAAGGGCCAUAUCCAUGGGCCAAGAAAGAGCAAUUAUUCACAUCUCAGUUGACAUCUAUCACGUCUCCUAAGCCAUCAUUGCCAAUAUCAUUAAGAAGAAAUACCUCGAAUGUCACUUGGACUCAGUACCCCUAUCAUCUGAAGUAUCAAUUACCAACCGAAAAAGAAAUUGAAGCGUUUAUUGAAAAGAAAACAGGUGAUGAUACGGGCUCUAAAGUUACCGAAAAAGACGUACUAAAUCAUUUUGCUAAUGUGGAUUCCUCUAGAAGAGGGAAACAGGGCAUUCAAUUAUUAUGCAAAGCUGUCUGUGAAAGAAAGUGUGAAGAGGUUAAUGACGGUCUAAGAUGGAAAUAA